AAGGAGAGAGUAAAAAAUAAAGUAUAAUUGCCUAACUUGAUAAGAUUCCAGGAAAUAGACGCUACCACAUAUGAUAUGAAAGGCAUCAUCAUCAUCAUCUAUUUCUCUUUAGUUUGAGACCUCUUUCAAAAUCUUUUAAGCCCUAAAAUCAUUAAUUUUUCGAUUGAAAAUAUCAAUUCAUUACUAGAUCUGUUUGAUCAUGAAUUUCUUUGGUAGUGUUGUACGAGAAGAAGAAGCAUCUUCUUCGUCUUAUAACAACCAACAACUUAAAAGGCCUAGUAGUAGUACUACGGAGCUUAUGUUGAUGGAUUCAUCGUCUACUUGUGAUGCGUUGGUUGAAAGGGAACAUAUGUUCGAUAAGGUAGUUACUCCUAGCGAUGUUGGUAAGCUGAAUCGUUUAGUUAUACCUAAACAACACGCGGAGAAGUAUUUCCCUCUUGAUUCGUCUAGUAACGAUAAGGGGGGAUUACUAUUGAAUUUUGAAGAUAGUAAUGGGAAGCCAUGGAGGUUUAGGUAUUCGUAUUGGAAUAGUAGUCAGAGCUAUGUAAUGACUAAAGGAUGGAGUCGUUUUGUUAAGGAGAAGAAACUUGAUGCUGGUGAUGUUGUUUCAUUUCAGCGCGGUGCUGGUGAGUUGUCUAAGCACCGUCUUUUCAUUGACUGGCGUCGUCGUCCUCAUCAUGAGAAUGGAAAUAAUCAGUUUAUGUUACCGCAUCAAUUUUCUGAUGGGCGGCUUUUUUAUUACCCAACAAAUUUGUUGCUGGAAGGAGGUAGCAAUAUGGGUCAUCCACCUAAUUAUUAUAAUCCUCAAAGUUACAUGUAUGAAAUUGGUAACCGCUCUUAUAAUAUUAGUAAUGGAACUGUGAUAAAUGCAAACCCUUUAAAAAAUGAGAUAAGAUGGGGAGGUUGUAGUAGUACUACUACUACAGGUAACUAUGUGGAGCCAAGGGUGUUCGAUUCGGUGCCAGUGGUUCAAGGUAAAGUGGCUGCAAAGCGAUUCAGGUUGUUUGGGGUAAAUAUGGACUGUCCCAUGGAUCAGGAUCACCCAUCUAUCCCAGCAACAACAACGGUUUAUUCUCAUUUGAACAACAACAACUCGACACCCUCUGAAGAAGAAUCAUCUGAAAAAGAGAUCAAUAUUGAAGGGAUUCCUGAUAAAUGUCAAAAUUAUGGCAAUGGAGGACGAAAAUAGCAUAUCCAGUGCAAUUCAUUUCUGUGAGAUAGAAAAAAUUCCUAAUUUCAGGUUCAACUCUUUGUAUAUGUGAUACUACUUUACCUAAUACUGGUUAUAUUAUUUAUGAUGACUUGACCCUCAUCUUAGUAAUGCCGCAGUUUUUCUUUGACAUUUUAUAUUGGAAUUACACAGGGUACGUUUUUGUUUGU